UAAAAAUAGGGUUUUAAAUUCAGUGCAUUUGAAUGGCUUUUUUGAUUGACAAAAGUCACAAUCAGUCACAGAUGAGUCAACUCACCCGUCCAGGAGUCAUAGACCGAUCAAAAUACCUGCUGUUCAAACUUAUCCUCCUUUCAGUCAUGAUCAACUCUACCGUGAACCAGAUCUUAUUGUAUCAAGUCUUUCAAAUAUGAAUCCUUCUUAGAUUUCUCAGCUUCGAAAAUAAUCGACCAAAACGAUGAGUUCCGUGGUGGUUAACAAGAUAACAGAUCAUUACCGUCUGGCCUGUGGGAUUUGCCAGAACACGUACAACAACCCAAGAGUUCUGCCCUGUUUGCAUUCAUUUUGUCUCGGGUGCUUGGACAAAAGUAUAAGGUCACAGGACAGGAAAUUGCUUUGCCCAACAUGCAACCAAUCAGUGCCCGUUCCCGCAAAAGGAGUCGAGACGUUCCCCAUCAAUUUUUUCAUUGACAACAUGUUGACAGUCCUGGCCGUACAAAACCCAACAAAAUGCACCAACUGUGAAGAUAGUGCCCAGGCUACAGAGCGCUGCCUGGAUUGCGUGGAAAACCUCUGUAACAACUGCGUGCAUGCUCACAAGAGAAUCCGCCAGACAAAAGACCACAGGAUUCUUACUUUUGAGGAGAUUUUGGCCAAUGAAGUCAGAGAGACGAUUAAAUGUCCGUCGUUUUGUGGAAUGCACCCAAGAGAGGUACUGAAGUACUUCUGUGAGACAUGUGACGAGGCAAUCUGUCGUGACUGCGCGAUCUACGAACACAGAGAUCACAUCUAUGUUGACUUGAAAGAAGCUGUCAAACGCUACAGAUCCACUAUCACCAACAUGUUGGACAACAGCAAGAGGAAAAUACCCGUUGUUAGGAUUGCAGUUGAUGAGGUGAAGGAGGUGCGACAGAAUCUAAACGAGCGGGUGGAAACAGUCAAGAGAAGCAUCCAUGAAACAAUACAAGGACAUAUCAAAGCACUGGAAGAACAAGAAGCGGAUUUGAUUAACACGCUGGAGAAGAUCUACCAAAGAAAGGAAAAGGUUUUGACAAAUCAACAAGAAAUUCUCGAACUUGAUCUUUCUAACCUUCUCAGCAGCAGUGACUUUACAGAAAAUGUUCUCAGGUAUGGAAACGAGGCUGAAGUCAUGCUUGUGAAGCCGCAGAUUGUCAGCAGACUCACUCAACUCAACGACCACGAAUCACAAACCGAACCUGAAGAUAACGAUAUAGUUUACUUCACAUCAAAUGACGCAGCUCUUUCCAAGGUCAUUUUAAGGCUCGGUAAAGUAACGACAAGCUCAGCAUUCCCUCUACUGACAUGCGCAGAAGGCCCAGGGCUGGUUCGCGCCAAGGUUGGAUAUGUUGCUAAGUUCACUGUUUUGGCCAAGGAUCGAAGUGGAGAGGCCUGUACAUCAGGUAACGAUCCAAUAUCGGUUAAAAUACGUUGUCCAUCUGGCUCCCCCUUGAUUGCGGAUGUUGUGGAUAAUGAGGACGGCACCUAUACUGUCUCUUUUACUCCAUGUAUGAAGGGAGACCACGAAGUUAACGUUACACUCAGAGGCAAACACAUCCAGGGAAGCCCCUUUGAUCUGCAGGUGACUGCUGGAAUCGACUGUGAGAAGAUCUCUUCACCAGUCCUAACCCUGACUCCAGCUGGAGAGGAUUCCAAUUCAUCUGAUGAAACCCAUGAGCCAUGGGGCGUCGCAAUCAAUCCAAAGGGUCAGCUGGUUGUGACAGAUCAUCAUAACCACUCCAUUCAGAUUUAUGAUGCUAAUGGCCAAAUGGUGUUUAAGUUUGGCAUCCGCGGUAAGGGAGACGGGGAGGUCUGGUACCCAGCGGGAGUGGCGGUUGACAAAGGAGGCAACAUCUUUGUAUCAGAUCAUGGUAACAACAGGAUACAGGUAUUUACACAAGAAGGAGAAUUCAUUCGUAAGUUUGGCAGCAAAGGAACAGGUUCUGGUCAACUCAAAGGUCCAUGUGGGGUCGCGGUGGAUUCCAAUGACCGCGUCAUUGUCGCAGAUCGCGACAACCACCGAAUAAACGUCUUUGACGUCGAUGGAAAUCCGAUUUUCCGCUUCGGCAGUUACGGAGAUGCCGACGGAAAGUUCAACUGCCCUCGGCACAUCUCGGUUACUCCAAAAGGGGAGAUUCUUGUCUCCGACGCUGGUAAUUUCCGUAUUCAGGUCUUUGAUAGCCAAGGUAAUUUUCUAUACAAGUUUGGAGAAAAAGGCACCAAUGAUGGUCAGUUCAGCUGCCCUGCUGGUAUCUCCACGGAUUCUGAAGGCCAUGUUGCUGUAGCAGAUUUAAAGAACCUGAACGUCCAAAUUUUUAACUCUGAUGGAGAGUUCGUCAAGAAGAUUGGAAAGGAUCCUGAUUCGUCUAAGGACAACAGUUUCUUUUGCAAACCAACUGGCAUAGCGAUAUCAGAGAAUGGAAACAUUGCUGUGGCGGACAGAGGAAGCCACCGAGUACAGCUAUUUUAAGGACAUGCAGUAUUCUCUGGUUGAUACCACAUGACAACAGUGUUUUAUUGUAAUUGUAGCCUCAUUCUGAGCUGAUUGAUACCAAACAAUAGAAUGCUCUCUGGUUGAUACCACAUGACGGGCAGUGUUUUAUUGUUAUUGUAGCCCUAUUCUGAGUUGAUUGAUACCAAAAAAUAUAAUGCACAUGACGGGCAGUGUUUGCCUGUCAUUGUAGGCAAGUGCUAAAGUUCUUAAGAUUCAUUAAGGUGAUUUCAUUGACACCAAGCAAAUGAUAUGUGUAUAUUAAUGAAUUUCGAUCUUUUUCAUUAUAAUACAAGUAUAUUACAGGUAAUAAUUUAAAAGUGUUUGAUAUAUAACUGCUGAUAAAGUGAAAGAGAAAAUGAAGUUCAAUGUAAAUCUGAAUAAAUUAGGCUACCUACAAAUUCAAUAAACCCAUUUAGCAUAAGG